CCAGACACAGGUGGGAUGAGCGCGAGCGGCGGCGCGCGCUGCGUGUGUGGCUCAGCCCUUCCCCUCCAGCGGGCGGGGGAGCUGCCGCGGCUUACGGAGGAGGCGGCGGUGGUAGCGGCAGCAGCAGCAGCAGCAGUGGGUCGUGCCCAGCUGGGGACUCGCCCGGGGGAGGCAGGCAAGGAGGCUCCAUGCAGGCGGGCAGCCCUCAGAUUAUUGCAAACCGGAUGCCCUUUGUGGAUAAAAGAUGUAUCAUGGAAUGAACCUGAGCAGCGGGGAUCCAUUCCUAGAGCAGCAGCAGCAGCAAUCCCCGUCCCCCCGGAGACUCUUCGUGGUGGUCUUGUGGCUUCAGCUGGCGCUGUGCUUUGGCCCUGCACAGAUCACGGGCGGAUUUGAUGACCUCCAUGCUUGUGUUGAUCCUGGAGUCCCUGAACAUGGCUACAAGACACCCAGUGCAGGUGUUUUCUUUGAAAGUGCUGUAGUCCGGCUUCACUGUCAAGAAGGAUACAGGCUUAAGGGUCCUUUGAAAAAGAUUUGUGUGAGACAUUUUAAUGGCUCCUUGAGCUGGAAACCAAGCGAUAAACCUGUGUGCCUACAAGAAGUCACAGAUUGCCUUGUUCCACAUGUUGAAGAUGCAGAGGUUCAUAACAAGACAUACAGGACUGGAGAUAAGUUAAUAAUCAGUUGUCAUGAAGGAUUCCAGAUCCGUUACCCCGACUUAGACAACAUGGUUUCAAUAUGUCAAGAUGAUGGAAUGUGGGAUAAUCUGCCCAUUUGUCAAGGUUGCCUGAGGCCAUUGGUUCUUCCUCAUAGUUACAUUAACAUAUCUGAGUUCGAGUCCUCCUUCCCAGUAGGAACAGUGGUAUAUUAUCAGUGCUUUCCUGGAUAUAAACUAAAGGGGACAAAGUUCCUUGAGUGCAUGUAUAACCUUAUCUGGUCACAUAGCUCACCUAGGUGCCUUGAUGUGGAAGUUUGUCCACUACCUCCAAUGGUGAUUCAUGGAGAUUAUAUUUGCCAUCCGCGGCCUUGUGAGCGUUAUAACCAUGGAACUGUGGUUGAAUUCUAUUGUGAUCCUGGUUACACUCUUACCAAUGACUACAAAUACAUCACCUGCCAAAAAGGAGAAUGGUUUCCCUCAGCUCAAGUAUACUGUGUCAAAACAGAGCAAACCUGGCCAAAUACACAGGAAACCCUCCUGACUACAUGGAAAAUAGUGGCAUUUACUGCUACCAGCGUUCUACUGGUACUUCUGUUGGUUAUUCUAGCCAGGAUGUUCCAGACCAAAUUUAAGACGCAUUUCCUUCCAAGAGGUGCCCAGGAGAGUUCCACCAGCAACCCCGACUUCGUGGUAGUGGAUGGUGUUCCUGUCAUGCUGCCUUCCUAUGAUGAAGCUGUGAGCAGUGGUUUGAAUGCCUUGGCACCGGGAUACUCAUCUCCUGCAGGCCAGGGGCAUGUUUUGCAGACAGAUGAUCAGAACCCUCCAGCUUAUCCCGGCCCAGGAGACACAGACACAUUACCUGCUGAAUUUGAGAGCUGUGAUAGCAUAUCAGGCUCCUCCGAACUUCUCCAAAGUUUAUAUUCAUCCUCUGUGUGCCAAAUGGGCGUGCAUCCUAUUUCAGAUAGAACUGAGGUGAUCAAUAGCACCACUGGGGAGGCUGCAUCCACAAGCCCAAGUAUCGAUAUUGCAGAUGAAAUUCCAUUGAUGGAAGAAGACCCUUAACCAGCACAAAAUUUGUUCAUUAUAUGAUCGCACUAGGCAAAAAGAAUCAUGCACAUAUAUAUACAUACAGAUAGAGAGAUAAAAAGACUAUUUAAAGAUUGGAGGGAGGGAAUUUUUCCUAUUUUUUGAUCUUCCUUGUGAUGUCACCAGAUUGUGUGCACAUCUUAAUCAACUGUGUGGUUAGCAGCAUCAGCAAUUGAACAGCAGGUUUGUGAAAUGAAUCCUGGGGAUUUGAUGAGACCAUUUGUAAAAAAAAAAAAAAAACUAGAAUUCUUGGAACUGAAAUUAACGUAUCUCUGCAUCGCAGGAAGUCGGAUGAUUCUGUAGAAACACUGUUGAAUUUUGAUACAAGUACUAACUGCCUCAUAAAAGCAUGUCAGAUUGUGUAGAUUUGCUUGUAAAGGCUGCCCUAUACUAUCUGUGGACCCUGGUUUAUGAAGGAUUAUUAUAAUUUUUUUUUUAAAAAUCAGUGUUGAAAUCUGAAAAAAGAAAACAAACUCCUUUGAAUUUCCUGUAUUACCAGGUUUUUAAGAGGAAGCCAUUGUUUUAUUUCUUGCUAACAUCAUUUCAGACCUUGUCUGCAGAAAGCAUAACAGAAGAGAUGCAACUCGUAUAAAUUUUGACAUUAUGAUAAAAAUAAAUAUAUCUAUAUAUAUAUCUCUAUAUAUACAUACACACACUUUUUUAAAGAACAUUAAAAAGAAAGAAAGGGAAAGACAUGAUCUGGAUUUUUUUUAAGUAAAGUAGGAUUUAUGUAAUGUUCAAGGUAUCAAUAUUUGUAUUUAUGCAGCACUUCUACAUUACAUUUGAUAAAUCCUGUUAUUUUAUGAAUGGAUUUAGAAAGUGUUAAAAUAACAAGGUAAUGAUGGAGAUGUUGAACUACUGUCUUGUUUCCCCAUUUCUUACACCAUCCCAUACAAAUCUACAUAGAUUAUUCUACGGCCCAAAGCACUACAGUGUCCCUACUGUAUGGGGAAGUACUCUGGGUCAUUACUGUACAAUACCAUAGUACUUUAAAAAAAAAAAAAGGGGGGGGGGGGACA